AUGCUCCAGCGCGCCAGUCAGUUUAUCGUCGCGGAAACCUGGAUGGUUGGAAAGCGGGAGGAGCACAAAAAGGUCAAGUCAGAGCCGCCCAGACAGCAACAACCCGCCACCUCCCGGCGAAAGUUGGACAGACCUGACCUGAGGCCCCCUCUUCCCGUCUUGAACUCCUCCCGGACUGAAAUAUUCCUACACGAGAGGGGAAAGGGGCUCCUCAGGGACCCUCACCCGAUGAAGAACCCGCGGGAGCUCGCGGACCGUUCGAAGUAUUGCCGAUUCCAUCGACAGCACGGGCACAACACUGAGCAGUGCUACGAGUUGAAGAGACAAAUCGAGCUUAUCCUCGGGGGUCAUCUCGGCCAAUACCUCCGGCCGAACAAAGAGCAGUCGCCUCGCCCAGAGGGCCCCGUCGAGCGACACAUUGAUGUGAUAGCCGGGGGCCCCGCAUCCGGGGGAGGUUCCAUGUCGGGCCGAAAGGCGUAUGCCCGAGCCGCUCCAGACGAAGCCUCGGAACAUGAGCCCGAGCCCGAGAUCACCUUCCCCACCGGAGCUGCCGAGCGACCUGACCACGAUGACGCCUUGGUGAUAUCGGCCAGGGUAGCCAACGCGCAAAUAAGGAGGAUCAUGGUCGACACGGGGAGCUUGGCCGACAUACUCUACUUCGAUGCCUUCCAAAAGCUGGGCCUGGCCAGGGAAAAUCUAAGCCCGAUGUGCUCGGCGCUCACCGGUUUCACGGGAGAUUCAAUAUCGCCCCUGGGGCUAUUACUUUGCCCUUGA